AAUCAAAAAAUGCUGCUGCAAGAAGAAGAAGAACAAGAAAGGAAAGAAGGGCAAGGACGGCUUUAACAUGAAGAACAUGCAGGGUGGUGAGCUCUAUUAGGCCAGGCAGUAGAGGACACAAGGAGAGCUCUCGUCCCCUCCGUUUAAUUGAUGUUGUGUUGUUGUUUUAAAAUGUGACGUACUCCAUUGUGACCUCAUGGUGAAAAAUGACACACGUUAUUUAUAGAUGGCAAAGAAUAGGAGACACCAUGUUGGGAAAUUUUGUUUGGUUAGCCAUAAAAAAAAAUAUAAUUCCUUAACUGAAAAAGAGGACAAAUGAGCUUAUAUCACCAGUUCUGUGUGAUCCAUUUACUUUGAUUUAGCAGUCAGAUUUGUCUACAGUCCUCAUAUCAAGUGUGUCAUUUCUCCUUCUAACUGUGGUUGUGGUGGUCUUGAUUGCCUCUUUCCUUGUUGUGUGUUUGGUGUCUUGUGAGUUGAAUCUCUUCCUCUCUCUGCUCUCCUCCUUUUUUUCCGCUUUGUGUCUGUCUUAUGUGUGCCUCGUGUUUCUUGACUGUGGUGGACCCCUGCUCUACGGUAGGUGGAUAGCUCGUGUUGAUACCUUCUGCCUCAAGGGCGGAGGUGGGUUUCAUGGAAUGAAAGUCGUAGCUUCCUUUGCUGCCGUUGUCUCCCUCUUUUUGUUGUGUUAAUUCUGUCGUAAUAGCCUGAGAAUGUAAUGAUGGGAAAGCUAUGAUGUCCUCCAUAAACCCAGGAGAGGAGAGUCUAACCAUCUAACACAUUGUUCAUUGGACAAUGUAACUGUAACUCACAAAAUGACGUGCAAGACACCGUUAACACUAUUAAUCUGUGCAUGUGAUGAAGGGCAUGGUUGGUUGUUUGGGAGACAUGGAAAUGGUGAUGAUGAAACUGCAUGACAAGCUAUUCAAAAAACCUUUGAUGCUGAUUCUUAUAGAGACAGACAUCUAACGGUCACUCUGACAAGAAUGUGUUUACUCGGUCACAAAAAUAACUUUGCAGCAAAAUAUUUUCUUUAGAAGUUUAUUGUGAUAGAGAUGAGGCAUUUUUAGCCACAUAAGUAAUGAGUUAAACAAGAGCUGAAGGUGCUUCAAACUUGGUAUGUAUUCUAAAUCUUGAAUGAGUGAGAAGAGUAUAAUCCUGCCUUAUUUCAGGGCCUAAUAAUCUUCAAUUUGUCUGAGAGGAUGUUUUUCACUUUUACAUUUCUAGAAACCAUAAACAUGUAUAGAGUCCUUAUUUUCCUUGUUUACAGUCUUUCACUUAAGUUAAUAUCUUCAAUAAUAUAGUCUGUUCCAGAGUGUCACUUACAACCAUCUCUUAAUGGAAGUUAAACAUGGAGCGUUAAGUUGACAGUUGUUUUGGAUGUUUUCUAGUUGACUAUUUUGUGUAUCUGGAAUUAUAAAAUGACUGAUUUACCACACUUAGAAGAUGCUCUAAUCUUUUUUGUUAAUCUGAUUGUAUCACCCACUUUCACUACAACAGUUAACUAAAUGGCUGAUGUUAAAAUAAAAAAGAUUUUAUUCAAAAUAUUUAACAAUAUUUCUCACUCCUGUUGUAAUCUGUAAUCCAUCUGUGUGAUUUCAUCCAUCCUAGAUGGGAUUAAGUCAGGGGAUCUAUUACAUUUUACUGAUAAAACCUGAAAAAUCCAUUAAUUACUCAAACCAUUUAAUCAUUACCAUGCGAAUAUUUUCUGGAACUUGUGUGCUUCAGAAAGAACUGCAAUAGCAUAUCCAGGUUUCUAAAGACAUCUUCAGUGCAUAUCUAAGUCUCCAAAAGCAGGCUUAACUGUCAGGUAGCACUAAUCCAGUCACAAUCUAUAUAAAUGUUUGUGAUUAAGACAACAUGUGUGCAUGGUUUCUAGAAACUGGCUAUGUUUACCUUGGCUGCUAUAUAUCUUUUUUUAAAAGUUUAGCAUAUGUAAUAUAAAGCUCAGAAUAUCCUGUUUGCCUUUAUUAAAUGCACUGGUGAUGCUGUUGUAAGCUAGUUCCUUUGGGGUUCAUUUAAAAUUGUUUCAGCCUGUUCAUCUGGUAAUAUCUAAAAUUUUGCAAACUGGAGAACUCUAUUUUUUCUGAGUUGAGUGAAAGGUUCUGGCAUUUUUUCUACCCCCCUUAGUGGAACUAGCAUGCAAAACCUCCACUAACUCUGGCUGUCACUGUCCUGCUCAAGCAUGUCAAAAGAGUUACCCACUGGACCAAAAACACAGAGGAUGAGGAGUGAAGGACUAAAAAAAGUAGACACUCAUUUGUAAUCAACAAACUUUUUUUUUCACUUUGAAACUAUAAGUCCUUUUUUUGAUCAUGAGGACUUGUGCAGGUAAGUCCUAACCAAAACAUGUAUCUCCCAUGUAAAACCUCCUGGAGCUCCAGUGUCUGUGGCAUGCUGAUGGUUAUGGGGAAUCCCUGUGUUGCAAGUCUGAGUUUAAUAGUAUUUCAUUCAGUGUUUCAUCUUGUCACCUUCACACAACAGAAACAACAGGACGACGAUGAUGAAGAAGAAGGUGAGACCGGAAUGACAGAGGAGGAAAAAGAGGAGGAGGAGAAAGAGCAAGAAAAACUGGGGAAACUCCAGUACUCCAUAGAUUAUGACUUUGAAAACACAAAGCUGACAGUUGGCAUCCUUCAAGCUGCAGAUCUCAUGUCAAUGGACUCCGGUGGAACCUCCGACCCUUACGUCAGGGUCCUUCUCUUCCCUGACAAGAAGAAGAAGUUUGACACAAAGGUGCACAAGAAAACUCUGAAUCCUGUCUUCAACGAGACAUUUGUUUUCAAGGUGCCCUAUGAGGAACUGGGAGGUAAGACGCUGAUGAUGUCAGUGUACGACUAUGACAGAUUUUCCAAGCAUGACGUCAUUGGGGAAGUGAAGUUGCCCAUGAAUACCAUUGACCUCGGACGUCCCAUUGAAGAAUGGCGGGACCUGGAGAGCGCCGACCAAGAGGAGCCUGAGAAACUUGGAGACAUCUGCAUCUCCCUCCGUUACGUCCCCACUGCUGGAAAACUCACCGUCUGCAUCCUGGAGGCAAAGAAUCUGAAGAAGAUGGAUGCCUGUGGCUUGUCUGAUCCCUAUGUGAAAAUCCAGCUACUGCAGGGAGGAAAGCGUCUUAAGAAAAAGAAGACAACUGUGAAGAAGAACACCCUAAAUCCAUAUUACAAUGAAUCAUUCAGCUUUGAAAUCCCACUGGAACAGAUGCAGAAAAUCUUGGUGGUUAUCACAGUGUUUGAUUACGACAAGAUCGGUAAGAACGAUGCCAUUGGGAAGAUCUUUGUUGGUAGCAAGGCUACCGGCUUGGGUCUUAAGCACUGGUCAGACAUGCUGGCUAAUCCGCGCCGCCCCAUCGCCCAGUGGCACCCAUUGCAGCCAGAGGAGGAUAUUGAUGGCCAGCUUGCAGCGCUGGCAGCAAAGAAGUAACAAGCCUCAUCAACCAGCUAUUGCUCUUACUCGGAAAAUCAUCCCUUCUUUGCAUGAAUCCUAUGACUUAUCAAAUGACUACUUGUCAUAAACCUUGCUCAGAAAAAAGAAACAUCUUAGGAUAACGAUACACAGUUAAGUUGAUGGAAACUCUUUUCAAGCAUCCAAUCUCAGUUUGUGGCAAGAAAAUAGUGAUGAGUUAUUGGGUCAGUAGUUCAUGAAUGAUCAGUUUUUGGUCUUUUUUGCUCUAAAGAAGCUGAUUUACAAGGUGCUGAAAGUGGGUGAAAAAUAAUGUUAAAGACAAUGCUGGAUAAAAAGCUUUAGUUUAGUUUGUGGAGCAUGCUUUACUUACCUCCCCUCUGCUCUGCGCACAGCAUACGUAGUAUUGUAUGUUGCUUAUAAGUGUGCUAUGCCCUGCAAUAGAAAGUGUGAUAGUGUGGAGCAAAGGGCUGGUUUGCAUCCAUUAGCAUUAGUAGAUUUAUUUAGAAUUAAUCCGGUUGAGGUCACUGAGUACAGCAAACAGUGCUGCAGUUUCUUUUUAAGGUUUUUAUGUCAACAUUUAAUACGCAAGGAAUCCCACCAUUCUUAGCAAGAAUGAGAAGAGAAUUGACAUUUUUUGCUUGUUUGUUUUGCCAUGAAGACACAUCUAUGCAUUUAGGAUAAACACACAGAUGGCAGAUCAGAUGCAGAAUGGGAACAUGAGUGUGCCUUCCUGAUGAAUAAAUGUUGAGACAUGCAUUGUUUGUGUCCUAGAGGCUGAGCCUUAUUGAAAAGUUUCGAAGGCGCCAUCUGAAUUAAGGCUUGAGCUGUGCUGACCACAUGGGUAUUAAAUAUUCCUAGAAGAGGUCCAGACACCAGAGAGAUUACCACUUAUGCUCAAAUACAUUUGACUUAUUUUCAAAUGCUGCUUUUGCAAACUUGUUUUAUUUUGUUGUCCUUUUUUUUUGUCUUUGGUUGAUGUGUUGUACUUUAACCUACACCCUGUCAAAAGCAAAACUUCUUCAUAGAGAAGGAGAUUAGAAACGUAAAAUGUAGCCUCUUUUUUAAAUGAAUGUGAAUUUGUGUGUAAAAUUCAACUUUGUAGACUAUUAACAUGGUAACUGCUGCAUCAUACGGUGCACAUGUCCAUGUCCUAAACCAAAAAGAGGUGCAGAUUUUAGCAUUCAUCAUGUUUCACAGCAAAUUCUGUUAAUGGAGAUGCUCAGUCAGAAUCUUCAUUAACAGCUAAUCACAGAGAAGCUAAAGUUUGUGUUACUCUACAGAGGACUGAUCCCCUGCCAAAGUAUUUCUUAUACUACAAUGUGUGUAUUAAUCAUUACAAAAACUAAUUUUGAAAUUUUAAAACCAGUGAAUUUUAAAUAAUAAACUAUUUCACAUUAUGAAAUUUGAUGAAUUAGGUCCAGUAUCCUCGUUUCCUUCCCAGCAGAAAAUUUGAAGUUGUGCAGUAUUGAAAGUGUUCUCCUUCAAACAACUGUCUGAUAUAAACAUUUAGAGAAAUUGAUUAAUGCAUCAGCAAAAUAGUAUAUGCUUAGACUUUGUAGUUUAAUGAUUUUAAUAUUAAAUUCCAAAAACACAAUAGGAGAGUUCAGUUGAUUUGAACAGUUCCUUUAGAAGAAUUUUGUUCUUAUAUUUGAAUUAUUUAAAUAAUGUUGACCUGCAGAGUGCAAUUGAGUUCAUCCACAGUGCUUCCAUCUGCUGCAGAAAUUAUGCAUUACGCCCAGCUGUUAAUAGUCUACAGCAUGUAAUUACAAGAUGAUGUAAAUAUUAGCAUGUUUUAAAGAGAAUCUAUAACUACGAUGUGUAUGUGUGUGUUUGUGUUCUGUGUACUUUUUGAUAAUAAAAUGGAGUAAAAACAAACGUAUGCACUGACUGAAAAGUGUAUGUAUUUUUUCCUCACUGGGACUGAGUGUAUGAUUGAAUAAUCUGAUUUAAUAGGUUAACAGUGUGUUUGUUUUGUGUAAUAAUUGUUCAAAUUCCCAAAGUUUAAAAAUAAGUACUGCAUGAAUGUGUUUUAUUUCCAUUGUUUCAUGUGUGUUACGAUAUAAUCUGACUGAAAAUCAGUUAAUGUUCAUUUCUAAUAGCACUGUGUGUUUGUCACUAAGCAGUAGACUGUAUAUGUUUUAAACCCCUUUGCCUCAGUGUACCCCUAAGUGUUUCCAUUGUUCAUUCCUGGCAAAUGAAAGUCAGACAGAAAAAAUGUCUUGUAGCUCCUUAUCCCACAUUAAUCUACCUAACCUUCUGUUUUUGUGUUUGAAUAUUACAUAACAUUAUUCAUUUUGUAUUCCUAAUACAAUGUUUGGUUCUGUCAUAUUGGUCUGGCUGUUCUCUUGCUCAGCAUGAGACUUUUCAUCUCAAAUACCACUCUCUGAACAGCAAGUCUGUUUUCUAAUGGUUUGCAAUGAGAUGAGAUGGUGCUGUUCCACUUUUGCAUGCUUUGAUUUGUGUCUCUCCAAUUAUUUUCUGUUCUGUUUUUUUUUUUUUUGUCAAAAUCCAGUCUUACUCAUUGAGAUAUAUUUUUAAUAACAAUUAGACUAUCUCUAUUCAUCUGAGGAACAAAGAGAAUGAUAAAAUAUUAAUUUGCGAGUUGCUUCUUUGUGAAGAGACACCUCAUUAGAAGCAUCUCUAAUAUGUGUCAACCCUUUUUCCUUCAUUUUAUCUUGAGUUUCUUAUGACCAAAAUUGUGUAAUUAGGUCCCAUUGCUCAAAAUGCAGACAACUGAAAUGCAGACAACAAAAUCCCAUGUCUUCCUGGGCCUCUGAAGCACAGAGCAGACCCACACUGUGCAAAAUCAACAUUCACAAUGCAAUACUGCCAACAUUCUUUUCAGAUUCGACCAUCUUCUGUCAACAUAACAUCCAACAGACUUAUCAAGCAUAGACAAGGGGAUCGCUUGUCUCUUUUCACUCUCGUUUUGGUCUACUGUAGAGGAGUAUUAAUAGAUGUGCCUUUUUGUGACAUGCAUGAUUUUGUUUAAUUGAAAAGUCAUUUUUGCAGCAACAGAAAAACUAAAAGAAACAUGUAAAACUGAACCAACUCAAGUAGAUAAUAAAACUCAAGGAAGAAAGGACAUACCUGUGUGUUGUCAAACUGUAAUCACAGCAAAUAAAAACGUUUUGUGUAUCA